UAAAAUUUCUUGCAGGGCUGGUUUAGUGGUCAUAAACCUCUUUAAUUUUUGUUUGGGAAACUUUUAAUCUCUCCUUCUAUUUUGAAUGAUAUUCUUGCUGGCUGGAUAAAGAAUUCUUGGCUGCAUAUUUUUCCAGUUCAGCACAUUGAAUAUAUCCUGCCACUCCUUUCUGGCCUGCCAAGUUUCUGUGGAUAGGUCUGCUGCAAACCUGAUCUGUCUUCCCUUGUAGGUUAAGGGCUUUUUUCCCCUUGCUGCUUUCAUGAUUCUUCCUCGCCUGAGUAUUUUGUGAACUUGACUAUGAUAUGCCUUGUUGAUGGUCGGUUUUUGUUGAAUCUAAUGGGAGUCUUCUGUGCUUCCUGGGUUUUGAUGUCUGUGUCUUUCCCCAGGUUAGGAAAGUUUGCCGCUAUGAUUUGCUCAUGUAACCCUUCUACCCCUUUUCUGUCUCUUCAUCUUCUGGGACACCUAUGAUUUUUAUGUUGUUCCUUUUUAAUGAGUCACUGAUUUCUCUAAUUUUUAAAUUGUGGUCUUUUGUCUUAGUCUCUCUCUUUUUUUCUGCUUCAUUCUCCAUAAGUUUGUCCUCUAUAAUGCUGAUUCACUGCUCUGCCUCGUAUCCUUGCUGCUGUGGCAUCCAUUCGAAAUUGCAGCUCAGUUAUUGCAUUUUUUAUUUCAUCCUGACUAGCGUUUACUUCUUUUAUCUCCGCAGAGAAGGAUUCUAAUCUGUUUUUGACCCCAGCUAGUAUUCUUAUUAUCGUGAUUCUAAAUUCUGGUUCAGACAUCUUGCUUGUAUCUGUGUUGAUUAAGUUCCUAGCUGUCAUUUCUUCCUGCUCUUUCUUUUGGAUUGAAUGCCUUCGUUUCGUCAUUUUGAAGAAAAGGAAUUGAUAAGGUAAAAAAAAAUUAAAAAAUUAAAAACAACACACACACACAAAAUCAAAUAAAUAAUAUAGAUCCUAGGUGUGUUGUGGUCUGGUUCUUGAAAGGAGUUUAAUAGAUUAGGAAAAAAAAGGGAUAAAAAAGAAAAAAAACAUUCAAAAAUUUGAGAAAAUGAAUACAGUGAAAUGAAAUGAUGGAAGUAAAAUAGAAUUUGAAAAAUAUAAAAAAAAGUAAAAAAUAUAGUAGAAAAUAAUAAGGAAGAAUAUUUUUAAUAAAAACUGAAAAUAAAAAUAAUUCUUUUCUCUUUCUGUAUUCAUGAAAAAGAAAAAAAAAUUUGAAUAGCUGUACCAGUGAACAGACUGAAAUACGAUUGAAACUACAUCGUUUUCCCCUAGAGUUCAAACUAUGAAGCACUUUAUAGUCCAUAAACUAAGCAGGCGGCGAGAUUUGUGUUCCUGAAAGGUGAUGUUGGCCCGGUUGGGCGGGGCUUAGUUUAAAUGGCUCCAUUCUCCACUAGAUGGCACUGCUUACCUUACUGGGUGCAUUGCUAUGGUGCUUGUAGGUGGGUGUGCGCCUGCGCGGGAGGAGUGAAAAUGGCGUCGCCCAGGUAUUCAGUCUCAAGUGUGGGAACUCUGUGCUCUCCCCAGCCAGCAAUCGCACACCUGUCCUUUGUCUCCGGCUUCUAUCCACUCCCUGCUUUUACACUGUCUGUGACCAAGCCUUCAGUUUGCCAGGAGGCACCUCUCUCCUGGGUUUUAUCUCAGAUGCGGCUGUAUUUCCUGACCCCUCAAUUCUGAGGGACUGUGGCUUUGACCCGCUCAGAUCCUUUGGGAGAGGGUCUCACCGAGCAAUGGCCAGUGCCGGCCACACCCAGGAAUAUUUGCAGGACUGUGCUGCUGCCGAUGCCCGGAGACUGCAACUGGGUGCCAGCCUGCCCCAGAAAAAGUUAACACGAUCAUAUAGCACCAGCGUUUCAGGGAUUAUGGAAAAUCACAACAUACAUCUGGUACCAGGUUUCACCCUUAACGACCUUGUUCCAGCACCAGCGAAUGUGGGUGUUCUCUGGGGUCUGCUGCGACCAGGCGGCCACACAGUCUCUACCAAAUGUCCUUCCAGCAAUGGAACUGCUUCUCUCUGUGUGGCCCGUGGACCUCCCAGACGCUAUUCUGCUCCUGGAGAUUCGCCCUUCCCACCAGAGCACCACCAGUCUCUCUCCCUCUCCCCCCUGCGUGGUUCAUUCUCCCGCGCUUCGGUGUCCGAGACCUGAGAGCUGCCCGGCGCCCAGCUCUGCGAGAGAGAUGGAGGAGCCGGGGUCCCGUGAAGAGGUCAUGGAAGAAGUGACAUCGUGCUCCUUCAGCAGCCCUCUGUUCCAGCAGGAAGACAAGAGAGGGAUCACCUACCGGAUCCCAGCCCUGCUCUACAUCCCCCCCACCCACACCUUCCUGGCCUUUGCAGAGAAGCGCUCCACGAGCAGGGAUGAGGAUGCUCUCCACCUGGUGCUGAGGCGAGGGUUGAGGACUGGGCACUCGGUACAGUGGGGACCUUUGAAGCCACUGAUGGAAGCCACAUUACCUGGGCAUCGGACCAUGAACCCCUGUCCUGUGUGGGAGCAGAAAAGCGGCUGUGUAUACCUAUUCUUCAUCUGUGUGCGAGACCAUGUGACUGAGCGUCAGCAGGUCAUGUCAGGCAGGAAUGCAGCCCGCCUCUGCUUCAUCUGCAGUCGAGACACUGGCUGUUCAUGGAGCAAGGUGAGGGACUUGACUGAAGAGGUUAUUGGUGCAGAGGUGAAGCGUUGGGCCACAUUCGCUGUGGGCCCAGGUCAUGGCAUCCAGCUACAGUCGGGGAGGCUGGUCAUCCCUGCAUAUGCCUACUACAUCCCUUACUGGUUCUUUUGCUUCCGGCUACCAUGUAAAGCCAAGCCUCAUUCCCUGAUGAUCUACAGUGAUGAUCUAGGGGCCACAUGGCACCACGGCAGGCUCAUUCAGCCCAUGGCAACAGUGGAGUGCGAAGUGGCAGAGGUGACUGGGAGGGGUGGCAACCCCGUGCUGUAUUGCAGUGCCCGGACACCAAACAGGUGCCGGGCGGAGGCUUUCAGCGAUGACCGUGGUGAAUGCUUUCAGAGACUAGCCCUGAGCCGACAGCUCUGUGAGCCCCCGCAUGGCUGCCAAGGCAGUGUGGUGAGUUUCCGGCCCCCGGAGAUCUUACGUGGGUGCCAGGACCCUAAUGGCAAAGAUGCUUCUACCAUUCAGCAGAGCCCUCUACUGGACAGAUCACUAAGGCUAGAGCAAGAAGCUGGAACACUGUCUGAAUCAUGGCUCUUGUACUCACACCCAACCUGUAAGAAGCGGAGGGUCAACUUAGGCAUCUACCUCAAUCAGACCCCCUUGGAUGCUGCCUGCUGGUCCCACCCCUGGAUCUUGCACUGCGGGCCCUGUGGCUACUCUGAUUUGGCUGCUUUGGAAAAGGAGGGCUUGUUUGGGUGUCUGUUUGAAUGUGGGACCAAGCGAGAGUGUGAGCAGAUUGCCUUCCGCCUGUUUACAGACCGAGAGAUCCUGAGCCAUGUGCAUGGGGACUUCACCAGCCCUGAUAAGAACCCUGAGCCAAUUGAAAGCUAAAAACUGACUUAGGACCCAAUUUUCCAUGGAAAGGAAACCACAGAAGGCAACCACAGCCAGGAUAAUGGAGGCCAGGUUAACAGAAGUUAUUGAAGCCUACAGAGAAUCCAAAAACUUAAUAUUGUGCUCCCUACCUUUUUUCCUUCUCCUCCAAGGAGCAAAAUGAAAAUUUUUCCAUAGCUACUACAGUGGAAAGAACUAUGAGUUGGGAAACCAUGAUGUGGUCCUGGUUGUGCCACUGGCUUGCUGAGGGAUGUUGAACAUAUCACCUGAACUCUCUGGGCGUCAGGUCUCCAUUUGUAAAAUGAGAGGAUUGGUUCUGGGAUUUUUCUUCUUCUCAUUUCUAGGAAAGACAGAGUGUCUGCAUGCUCCAUGAUCAGCAAAUGCUGGCUCUGUAGCAGACUCUGAUCUCAAAAGGGAAGUCAGAGGACUCAUCAUUUCCAAUGACUCACCACUCAUCCAGGUGUGAGGCUACACUCAGGUGUUCUGGCACGAAGGAAGAUCUGGAUGUUUUGUUCUGUUCUUAAUAACAAACACACACACACACACACACACCCUUUUAAUCAUGUUUAGAACUCUAUAGGUUCUCUGUCCUAGAGGAAUUGGGCCAAACAGUAGGAUCAUGAGGUCACCUACCUUCUCCAGCUUUGCAGCUGUGUUCAAUCUUCCUUCCUUAUCUGGAAUGCUUACUCCCUAAGGAGAAAAUGAGAAGCUCAAUGCUAGUGGCCCUUGAUAAUGGCACACAUUUUUUUUAAAUUUUUUUUUUUAACAUUUAUUAUUGAGAGAGACACACACACAGAGCAUGAGCAGGGAAGGAGCAGAGAGAGAGGGAGACACAGAAUCUGAAGCAGGCUUCAGGCUCUGAGCCGUCAGCACAGAGCCCGACGCGGGGCUCGAACUCACAAACUGUGAGAUCAUGACCUGAGCCAAAGUCAGUUAUUCAACGAACUGAGCCACCCAGGUGCACAUAUUGUUUCUGAUGGCAUUACUUUUAUGGAAGAUGAACCUGAAGUUCAUUUACUAGGAUGGUUCCUGAUGAGAAAAGGACAUGGAUUAGGACUUUAAAGCAUUGGACAGAACUUCCCAUGGUCUCUGCCCUCACGGAGCUCACAGUUUAUGGGGCUAGAAGUGGGAGAGAAUUCAAGAAGAUCAAUGCAGCUAGUUUGUAGAUGCUGGGCUUUAAGUUGAGGUGAUGGUAGCUCUUGAUGUCAUUGUCUUAGUUGCAUCUUCAUUGUGCUUGGAGUCAUCUGCCCCAGGGCUGGACCAGGCUUCUGGGUUUCCCCCAGGCCCAUUUUUCUCAGAAUGUUGUUCUGGCCUAGCCACUUCUUUACCCAUGGAGGAUGUCUUUAGGAAGACCAUUAGGAAGGUCUCUGGACCUCAGACCUCUGAAUCAGGCCUGUUUUUUUGGACCUGCUACAAAUACCGUUUGUGGAGUAGGGCUGCCUCUUUGUCUGAUAGGUUUGGGGCUAAACUUUGCCAGUGGUGGGUCUCUCAGAUGAUACCAGAUUGGUUGUUCUUAUUUUAGAUUCUUUCCCCAUAGCCUAUUAUUGUAACAGAAAUUCUAUCAUGAGAUACUUGGUUUUCCUCCCUAUUUUAGGAGAAAAAUACCUUGUAUCAGAGAACUAUAUUUGGUGCUGAGUAAUGGCCCAGAGAGCAAGUGUUAGUCUUGGAGCAUAGCCUAGGAGGCUAGGGGUUGGCGGUUGCCCCAGUCCUAUGGGGAAGAGUCGUGCAGGAUGAAAGCAGAGAUUAACUUCACCUACUCCUGCAUAUGGCUUAAGUCCAUGGCUUAGAGUGACUUCUUAAAAUUCCCUUAGCCUCUCAGCCAUUUGUCAAAGUUAUUCUCCCAGCACACAGUUAUGAUCAUUCAUUCAUUCAUUUGUACAUUUACCUAAAUAUUCUUGAGAGCCUUGCAUAAUGUAAGGUGCUUCCUAUUGACAUUCCCUGGUUGAAAAUUACUUGUGGCUCUUCAUCGCCUGCUAAAGGGUGUCUACAUUUUGUCUGGCAUGUAGGGCUGCCAGUUGUUGGGUGGGGUAAUGAAUACUUAUCUCUCCUUCAUAUGAAUCCCACUGUCAGAGAAGACCUCUGUCGAGAUGGCAGUGGAGGGGGUGACAGAGCUGCUGGUAUAGGGAGGAGCUGGGGAAGGGCAACCCUCUCCUGAGUAGUAGAAACUUCCUGUUCUGCAAAGCUUUCCUGAACACCAUCCCCAAAUAGACGGGAACAGGGGGGUGGCUCCGUUCUCCAACAAGGUCUAAGGGAUGGAGAAAAUGAAAAUAUCAAGACUUCUUUGGAACCAUCCAAGGAGGGACCUCAGUCACAUGCCAGUGUGGACCACAGCCGUCCAGUACCAGCACUCAUUAGAUGUCUUCUCCAUCUCUGAAUUGCCCUUCCCUUUCUCCUUCCCCUUUGCUUCAUGUUUGCUUCUCCUUAGUGAUUAGCAUAGGCAAAGGGCCUGUGUGUAUAUUUCAGGAAUAGCAAGAAAAGAGGGUUGGGUAAUCCGACAUUUGUAAUCCAAUUACAGAAGUAAUCCAGAAUGAGGAUUAGGGAGAGGAACAGAGUGGGCAAUGGUGGCUCUGAAGCAAAAGAGCAGCAGGGUAGGAAUCCUGGCACCUUAAGGAAGAGAGAGAAUGUGGCACAGAUAGAGACAGAGGCUGGAGAGAUGGUGUAGGUGGAGGCCUCUGUGAAGAAGAAAUGAUAACAGGCUGGAGCUGUUUCCAACACGUAUGGAAAGGGAAGGAGGCCUGCGUGGGCCCACAGUUUAGGCUACAGAUAAGUUCCUGCCCAGCCCUGUAACUUUAAGCUGGCUCAACUUGUCCAUGUUCCACGUGACUAACAAAAACAGCUGGAGGCACUCCAACUCUGUGCCGAUUACCCAAGCCUUUGGGGCCCUGGGUCCAAUGCCAUGAUACUGGUAUCCUAACUAAGCCCAUUUCUAGCCCUCUCAGGUUGGUAGAAUGAAAAAUAUUGGGCAGGUGAUGGCAGCUGUGAAGAAAAGAGGACAGCAGACUGGAGGCCUCUAAUCUAGAAGUGUGAAGAGAGGACUACAGAGCCUGUGGUCCUUUGCCUGUAGAUGUUGCCCCCCUGUCUUGGGACCCUUAGAAUGGAUCCAUCCAGCACACAUGGCCCAUGUCUGGGAGUGCAGGAAAGCAUAGGUAGGGACCUCCUGCUGCUGAUAUGUACCCAGAUCAUCUUCCGAUCCCUUCAACCUGGUGGUGCUGCUCAUGCUCCCCAACUCCUGAUGCCCUCACUCCUAGGCCACUAUUAUGUACUUCAGGCCCUCGUUAUUUGGAUGCUCUAUUUGGACCUGUUUCUCCUGGUCACCAAUCCCCCCUCGUAUCCAUGGGAUAUCAUGCAGCUGCAGCCACAGAUCAGAGACAUGGCACCCUGUCUGUUGGGUAGCCCGAGGGACCCAUAGAGGUCAGCCCAAGGCUGCGCAGCCUCCUCUCCAGGGUAGUAGGAUUCAGUACUUCCAUUUCAGCCAGAUUAGGCUGCUCAGGCUUCUUCAGUAGGCUGUGAAUUUUCCCCACUGCAUUAGUCAGUGGAUGUCAUGCCAUCCUCUCCUGUGAUGCCAGAGUGCACACUGGAAGCCUCCCUUUGGUCAUCGCCACAGCUUGCCAUGUAUUUCUGUUGUUGUGCCCUGUAGGCCUCUGCGAGGCUCUAAAUUCCUUGAGGGCCAAGUCUCUAUGAAUCCUCCCUCUGUCCUUUUUACCUUGAAUCACAAUGGUUGCUUUAUAAAUAUAUGCUUUUUCUAUUAUAUUCUGAAUUCCCUGAAGGUAAGAAGAACUGUGUCCGAUUCUUCUCUGUCCUCUGCACCCGGCACAGGGCCUGGCACAGAACAGACAGCAGUAAAGUUUCACUGAAGGAAUAAAUGAGUCAAAGAUCCUUGGCCUUCUGGAGCUAAGAGACAAGGCCAGGGCAAGCUCCCCCACAGGGAGAAGUAUACUGUAUCCCCUGUAGAUUGGAUAGUGUUCUAAACUUGCUGAGCACUCACUCUAAAUUAGUCUUCUCUAUGCUGGCUUGCUUCCAGGUCAGCCCGGAUGUCCCAGGAUGACAGCCUAAGACUGAAGCUAAGCCUUGACUUGGGGUUGUCAUUUCAGUGGUAUUUCCCUUCUGUCCCUGAUUGGAGUGUCUAUAACUGCCUGUCAGAGGGGGGUGCUCUGGUUCAGUGUGGUCUGAGCAUGUCUUGGCUCCGUGAUACCAAGUGCCAGAAGUGCCCUCUGUACCAUAGCAACUACCAGGACUCUGAAACAAAGAACAUGAAUAAAGAGCCUAAUUCCAAUGA